AUGGCGCUGGAGGACCAGCAGAGCAACCGGGCGGGGUGGUUGUUUGCCAAGGGCGCCUUUGACAAGGGUGACCUGCUCCACCUACGCGACGAGGAGGAGCGGGGCCGGCACCUGGAGAAGGAGGUGCGCGAUGCGGAGCAGCGUGAAUUUGCACGGCAGCGGGCUGAACUGGAAAGGAGGGCGGAGAGCGGGCAGGGAGCGGGGGCCGCUCCGUCUGCCGGUGGAGCAGGGGUGGCGCCCAGCAAGCGACCCCCUGGAGCGGAGAUCCCGAGCGGGAGGCAAAAACGGAUGGUACCCCUGGUCCGGAUCAAGCCCUUGCGUCCGGAAGCAGCUGCUCCGGCAGUCGCGCACGAGAGCACUAGAGAAGCCCACGAGAGCGCGCAGGAGCCGUCAGCGGAGGCGCGCGGCGAGGCGGGAUCCGAGGGGGAAGGCCUCGCGGGACUCCUGGGCCAGUACGGUAGCGACUCUGACGACGAGGGCGAGGCUGCCUCGUCCUGA